GUUGCUAUGGAGACUGCGGCGGCCGCCCGGGCCUGUUUGUUGCACUUUGGUCCCGGCACAAAGAAGGAGCGGGGGAGCCGGCACCUCUCGCAGCCGCGGGGCGGCGGCAGCUUAUUACUUACCUUCAGAUGAUCAGUUUGCAUGUGGGAUCAGUAUUUUAGGUUUGCUAACAAAUGGAUGAAAGCUUUUCUGAAGAAUCUUGUGGUGGUGGUGAUUAUUUAGAGAAUGACUAUCAGAAAAAGAGAAACCUAUCUGGUUCCAGUUCAUCAAAAUAUAUUAGGAAGGCAGUUGAAGAUACACUGUCUACUCCUUCAAAUACUCUGGAUUUGAGUAGGAAAAAACUUCAGCAUCUUACUGAGGAAAUAUACAAAUUACCCAACCUUAAACAUUUGCAUCUGGAAGGAAAUGCUUUAGCCAUAAUUCCUAAGGAUUUAUUUCAGCAGCUGCCAAAUCUUGUUUGGCUGGAUCUCCGGCAUAACAAAAUUAAAACUCUUCCCCCUGGAAUUGGAUGUCACAAGCAAUUGAAAACUUUACUUUUAGAAAGAAAUCCUAUAAAAAGGCUGCCAGUGGAGCUUGGUAACUUAACUUCAUUGACAGCAUUGAAUCUAAGGCAUUGCCCUCUGGAGUUUCCACCUAAAGAUGUUGUACAGAGAGGACUGCAGUCCAUUCUGUGCUUUCUCCGGAAUGUUGGUAAUGGAAAACUUGUCAAUUUAGAGCCAGAUACUCAAGAAAUGCCACCUGUUGAAAAGUUAAAUUUAACUGAGUUGAUGAAAUCCAGUUUGGAUUUGUCAGAUGAGUGGCCGAAUGAAGAAGAAAUGCUACGAUUUCAGAAGCUGAGGGAGGAAAUGGUAAAAGAUGAAAAGGAAGAAUUUCUUGCUAACCAGGAUUUAAAUCCUAAAGCCACUAUGCAGGAGUUUGCUGAGUUCAGAAAAAACGGCAGAAAGAAAGAGAGGCUCUACCACAAGUCAGCAACUCUUUCCAGGAAGAAGUUCUCACAGAAGAAUACAUUUUCUGAGUUUCAAUCAUAUGAUAAGAUGAUUCAAGCAAAACGAGCUGAAGAGUUCAGAUUGGCUGUGCAAAAGGAACUGAAAGAGACCCAGGCUUUAAUUGAACAGCACAGAAAAGAUAAAGAAGUGCUUCAGGAAUGGAGACAGCGUGCCAAGAUGAUGAAGGAGAAGAAAGAAGUAUUGUUCAAUUAUUCACCUACAAGAGCAGACAUGAUAUCAAAAAGUGCACCAUAUGCUACUGAUAACAUCAAUUAUCACAGCACGAGAGAAGGAUGUGAAAACCUAAAGAAACGCACGCCUGAAAAAAGUGAACAUGUGAGAAGAAUGUUGAAAGUAAAUUCUAUAAGAAAUGCUGAAGCUGCAAGACCCUUCAGAGUAAAAGAAUUGGAACAACGCAUCAAACAACAUACACAAAUGAUGAAAGAAAGAAGAAAAAAGUCAAAAGGGACACCCCAAGAGGAAAUGCAGAGAGCAAAACAAGACUUUGAAAUUGCUGAAAAGCUUCAGGCUGAGCUAGCACAAGUCAAACAAGAACUUCAGCAGGAGUAUCGGUUUACUGCCUUCACAGGCGAGCCUGUUCCUGAUUCACCGAGAAUGCAGCCUCAGAAUAUCUUUUCUACCAUGAAAUUUUAAUUGCCUGAAAUUCUUUCAAGAACAUUUGUCUUACAGUAUCCAUCUGUAUUGGAAAGCUCCUUUUCAGUAGGCUUUAGAAGUGCUCCUUUUAUUACCUAUUCUUGUUGAUUGUGUUUAACAAAGUUUUAAAUUAGAAUGAUAAUAAAUCAUUCUAUCUUGCCCACUCAACUAACAUAAUUUCAGUAGAUUUAUAUUUACAUGGUUAUAAAGUGUUUUGGGUGUUAUAUUGUGUUUCUUUUACUAUUUCUUUUUGACCUUCUUAAGAUCCCAUUCUGCAAUUUUUACUCAAACAAACCACCUAUUGAAAUAUGCUUCAGUUGAAGUUUUGCCUAGGUGGGAAUUGCAGAAUUGUCCUUUACAUUGUACAUUAUUUGAGGCAAGAAACUUUUUUUAUUUGUAUGUUUAUGAAGUUAAAAUACCAUGACCACCUACAGUGCUAUAUAAAUUAAUAAUGUAAAGAAUAAUGUAUCCCCAACUAUGCACUAUAUCUUAAGGCUGCAGUUGCAUCAGGGGAUUCUGGUGUCAUAGCCACCACAUGAGUAAUUGUUAUAGUGCGGCUCUGCUAUCUAAGGAUACUUUUCAAAUGCAGGAAGAUCCUGGGCACUAGAAAUAUGACUGUUUGUUUAUUUUUCUUCAAUGAAUAAAAUAUUUAAGUAUUUUAUUUUCAACUUUCUUUCCCCUAGGUGGCAUCACUUUCUGUCUCCAGCACAAUGAUGUAGGGCUUGGAUCCUGUUUGCAGACAGUGGGAGCUAACAGCAAGGGAACCACUGAAGGAAGCAGGAGAAGGAGAAGUGUUGGGAAUAUUCUGCUAUAGCUAGUGACCCCCCUCUUCCCUCUCCCCCCUCCCCAUUUGAAUGAGUGGAGAGGAGACAGGAAAAGACUGGAGGAAAGACUUCUAAAAGAGCAUUGUAGCCAGGAAUAGAAAGCAGCUGAGCAGGAAGCCAAGAGUAUAGCAAGAGUAGGGGAGAAGAGCACUCCUGUAUGGGAGAUAGGUGGGAUAGUGAUUGGGAUAGGGAGGACAAGGGACAACCAAAAAAGCCAGCUGUAGGGAAGUGAGGAAGAAGGGAGUAGGGCUGGAGUCAGUCCUUUUGAAUGGACCUAUUAUCAAUCAAUUCCUUCCCCAAUCUCCCAGCAGUUGUGUCUGUAGUACCCCAGCAAAUUCCUCUAAGUAGCUCCCUUGCUUUGUCAGGGUCUGGCUCACCCUGCUGGUGAAGGGGAAGCAAGUGACAGAUUAUCUCAGGCUGCGGCUAAAUGCCUUCAGAGCUGCCAUCCUCUGAAAUCUAAUCCCUUCAAUAUCAGGCUGCAGCCAGAAAGUGGGGCCUCCCAAAGGAGAGAAAGAGAAAAGGUAAAAAUAAAACACUUGAGCCUGAAUCACCACAGUGUGACACCAAUUGUAUAGGAGUGUUACUCCAUUGAAAUCUGUGGAGUUACCUAGAUGUAAAACUGGAGUAAUGCAAUAGUGUAUGAAGACCUUCUGCCUUUCUUUUCAAAGCAAAAUCCCCAUUAUUUAUUGUACUAAUGCCCAGGAGUCUCCUAAAUGUAGAAGUCUUUAGUAUUUAAAAUGGUGCUAAUGACCCUUUAAUAUCACGAGAACCCCAGAAGGAAACAGUGGAUAAUUUCUGAACAUUAUGUCUGUUUUUUCAUUUUAUAUAUUGAAAUACAAGUCUUCCCUCCCUGUCUGGUCUUUGGCUUCUCCCCUCUCAGCCUCCUCUCCUUGUUUCUGGAGUCAUUUGUCUUUCCGCUGCACUCCAUGCCUCUCUGGGGUUUUUCACCUUUCUCCAGCUUUAGGGUGUAAAUUUAAAACUUACCUGAACUCCAAAUGUCUGUGAUUACAGUUUGAUUGAAAUAUGGCCUGCUACUGGGGCACAAAAUCAGGGUCAUGAAACAGCUCUCUGGUGGCAGGAAGCAGUGCUAGAUGGGGAAGAGUUGAAUUCACGGUUGGUGGGAGGAGGGGUUCCUGUGAGGAAAAUGAGGUGCAAACCUCUGGGGUGUCCUGUAGAGGAAUUUUUUUUCGAGGAAGAGGAUGGAGAGGACAGAGAGGAAAGGGUUGCUAGCAAACAGAAUCCAGGAGUGGCUGGUAUUGCUGGUACUUCAGAAUAUGCGGCCCAGUUUGAUCAUGUCUUAAUCUGCUCCUGGAUACAUACAGUUUUACAUGUUCGUAUUUUGGAAUCAAAUACUGAUUAAUAAUAAGGAUUCAAUACCUACUGAGUCAAGUUCUGCUCUCACACAAGUGUACAGUCCAGAGUAACUCCCUUAGGGUAUGUCUACGCUACCUGCUGGGUCAGCGGGCAGCAAUCGAUCCAGUGGAGGUCGAUUUAUCGCAUCCAGUCUAGAUGUAAUAAAUCGACCCCGCGUGCUCUCCUGUCGACUCCGGUAUUCCUCCACCAUGAGAGGCACAGGCGGAGUCGACGAGGGAGCGGCAGCAGUCGAUUCACUGUAGUGAAGACACUGCGGUGAAUAGGUCUAAGUACAUUGACUUCAACUACGUUAUUCACGUAACUUCAGCUACGUAACUUCAGCUGAAGUUGCGUAACUUAGAUCGAUCCCCCUGCAGUGUAGACCAGGGCUUAGUUUCAAUGGAAUGUCUCUGGAUUGGCGCUGUUAGAAAUGAGAUUGCAAUUUGGCCCAUUUUUUUGUAUGACUGCUAACACUGUAAAAUGUUGUUUAAUCAUUCUGUUCACUGUUUCCAUAUAUACUAAAUGUGUAGCAAUGUACAGUUAGCCGUUAAAAAAUGCUAACAUUGAAGAGAAAAUACAAAGCACUUGUAUACUAAUCACUUAAAUAUAAAGUGAUCAUAUAAAGUCAACACAACUAUUUUUACCUGAGCACUAGUUAUUUUUAAAUUCAAGACUAUUAUUAAAAUAAUUUGUUCUUCUAAAUACACUUAUAGUUCAUACUGUAAUCUUAAAUGAUAUUGCCUAAAUAAAUUGCAUUAGUGCAUAAAGAUGUAUAAGAGUUUGGGUCUGGCCAGAUUAUUUAAAUGGCUAGUUUACUGUUGUUGUAAAAUCUGCAUUGUAAGCUGUUUUGCUCAGUGCAGCAUACACUUGUCUCUGCACCCAGUCACUAUUUUGGCUGGUGCAAAGGUGGGAAAAGGCCACAGCUCCACCAUCAUUCUGCCUUUCCCUGCCUUCUCUGAAGAUGCUAGCACCAGUUGUGACACUGGCUACUGCCAAGCACAAUACCAGCACUCCCCUGCCACAUUAUGUGUGGCCCCUACACACGUUUGUGCGAAUGGGGAAAAACCCUUGUGUCCUCUUUCCACUCUGCACAGUCUUAAUUUGCACAAACAUUAUGGGCCAAAUUUGCCUCUUGUUUGUCCAUCUUUUUAAUAGAAAUGUCACUCAAUCUACUGUCAGUUGCAUUGAUGUAGAUUCAGUGUAAAUAAAGUCCAUAGAGUUGCUUUGAAUGUACAUGAGUGGAACUGAAAGUAGAGGUUGUUUUUUUUAUCAUUUGUUUGAAAGCUUGGAUUUUAUGAAAAGGGGACAAAAGAAUAAAAUAUCUUGAUACUUGAACCUUAUGUUUCCUCUGCAUCAAAUUUCAGUGGGAUAACAUCAGCAUUGUUUAAUUUAUAGUCUCUCACUUUUGUUGUCCCAGGAAUUAUGUAAAUAUCAAGUCUUGUAAGUAGACUUCCAGUGAAUGUGGAACAUCUUGCUUUUAAUGAUAUUUCAGAAGGUUGUUUUCCUUCUGCAGCUCACUCUGGAUUUCUCUGUCCUUGAUAGUGUCAAUAUUCUUCUUUAUGUUUUCACAUUGCUCUCAAUAUAUUUUCAAGGUUCUGAAGAUCAACAGGAAAGUCAAGGCUGAUUGUCUGAAAUCUAUAAACUGUCCUCUAGGUACUAUGGUUAGCACAUAAAGUGGUUUCCAUACUAAAUAAAUACCAGGUCAAUGCCAUUUUUUUCAAUUUUUCAAUUUUAAAUUUUGCCAUUUAAAUUAACAGAGAAGAACCUUGAGCAGUGAAGGUAAACUUUUGCUACUUUAUUUGGGCAAGUCUCUACAUGAAACUGCCCUUAAUCUUUAAAAAGUGAAAGUCAGAGCCCUAUUCUGCAGUCCUCAGUGAAGCAAAGUUCUCAUUGCCUUCAAAGAAACUUUAUUAUUAGCAUACUUUCAACUGUGUAGAUUAGGUCUAAAUGUGAUCUUGAAUAAAACUGGUAUGAGCUUAUUAAACGUAUACCCAAUAUUUGUAAAGGGUGAUCAAUAGUUCAGACAAGUCUUACUUCAGUGGGUACUUUUCAAAAUUUAGAAAAAUGUAAGGUAAAUAUAGAAUUGAAAAUAACAGAAUUAUGAGAGUGUAGAGUUUGAUUAACACCAAAUGUGGAGGUGAACUGCCUUUUGAGAAGUUCUUGCUCAUAUCCAACAUGCAGAUACAAGCCAUCAUGGGAGUGAGGAAGUCCAGAGUCUAAUGCUGGCUCUGUCACCAACUUGCUAUGUGUUACUUUGCAGCCACUUCUCUCUGUAAAUGGAGAUAUCUGUACUCAUCUACCACAAGGUGUGGUGAGGAUAAACAACUGUUUCUAUUAUUCUUUCAAUAUGUAAAACCCUAUAGCAUUGAUUACUAAUAGAUUGUACAGAGUUAGAGUGAUUGACAAAUUUGGAUUAGGGAAAAAAACCUUCUCUUUAGGGCACAUUUAAGAAAGGAACCUAGCUUUGUCUUUUGUUUGUUUGUUUCCCCUCCCCCUUCUUUGAAGCACUGAGCCAGGAUCACAAAUUAGGUGCAAAAUGACAUAUCUCACAAGAUCUAUUUCUUACAUUUUCAGGUGGACUGGUGUAGGUGGACUUUAUGCAUUCUUGCCUUGCAUGUGAUGUGCAGCUUAAAAGGCUUUAAAAGUUAUCAAAGAGAGGUUUGUCUUGCGUGGUUCUCUUCUGGAUCAAUAACUCUGAUUAAUGGGAGGUAGAGACUCAGCAGUGUUUUUCAUUUGAUUUUGAACAAAUAUAAAUGAGAUUAUUUAUUACUGUGUGGGUUCUAUUUGUAUCUUCUCUGACAUUUUCUGCUUAAACAGAAGUGAAUUCAUAUUCUCUUAUUCCCUUUUCAGGAGUACCAAAUCUCCAAGGGGGAUUGUGGGAAAGAUGUACUAGCACAAAAAUGAAUCAUGUUCUGUCUUUGUACGGGCAGCAAAGAGUGGUCAGUUCAGGCGGUGAUGAUGGUUAGCAGAGAUGAAAAAUACUCAUUUCUGGGGAUAUGGCAGAACAGAAGUAGCACCUCUGACAUAAGUGCUGGAACUAGGGAUGCUGUCGUACCCUCUGGCUUGAAGUGGCUCCUUCAUAUACAGGAUUUACAGUUUGUUUCAUUGGCUCUCAGCACCCCCACUGUACAAAUUGUUCCAGCAUCCCUGACCGCUCUCACAAAGAUAAACAAGUACUUAAGGAACCAGACUACACUACACUUUGACUUUCAAGGUCUUUUAUGACUGUG